GCAAUCAGAGUAACGUCACAUUCUGUUUUUUUAUGGGAGUUGUAGUUCUAUUCUAAUCCACCGCUCACUAUCGUGCCCUGUAAGAAACUACAACUCCCAGAUUGACCAAUGCGGAAGUAGCAAAACAAAACAUUACAGAGUAGGAACCACGGCGAGCAGCGAAGAUGUCUCAUGGUGUGAAGAAAAGAAAAUUAGAUAAAAGUCGGCAGGACCGGCUGUAUUUCGACAGCUACUCGGAUGUUACGAUCCACGAGGAAAUGAUAGCGGACCACGAACGAACCAACACGUACCGGACCGCCAUUUUGCGGAACGGCGAGUCGAUCCGGGGGAAAGUAGUCCUGGAUGUGGGAGCAGGAACCGGCGUGUUGAGCAUGUUCUGCGUCCAAGCCGGAGCCAGGAAGGUGUACGCGGUGGAGGCGUGCUCCAUAGCGGAGCAGGCCAUGAAAAUAGUCCGGCACAACCACAUGGAGGACCGCGUGGAGGUGAUCCGGGGCACGGUGGAGACGGUGGACCUACCGGAGACGGUGGACGUGAUCGUGAGUGAGUGGAUGGGGUACGCGCUCCUCCACGAGUCCAUGCUCAACUCGGUUCUUUACGCCCGGGAUAAGUGGCUGAAACCGGGGGGACUCAUCCUCCCGAGCCGGGCCGAGCUCUACAUCGCACCGAUCAGCGACCCGGUAGUGGAGGACCGGCUGCACUUCUGGUUCGCCGUUAAAGACCAGUACGGGAUCGACAUGUCCUGUAUGUCCGACUUCGCCCGGAGGUGCAUCAUGAACUCGGACAUCACCGUGAACACCGUGACCGUGGAGGACGUGCUGUCCCACCCGGCCCGGUUCGCAGAGCUGGACCUGGGUUCCGUUACCGUGGACGAGCUACGGGCGGUCAAAGGUCACUUCCGGUGCGAGUCGUUCGGUUCGGCUGCAGUCAACGCCUUCUGUGUUUGGUUCACGGUGACUUUCCCGUGUCCGGACAAACCUUUAGUCCUGUCCACGUCCCCGUUCAAACCGGAGACGCACUGGAAACAGGCGGUGCUGUACCUGGACGCGCCGGUGGAUGUGAUGCAGGACACGCCGGUGACCGGGGAGGUGCGCAUGUACCCGUCAGAGGACAGUGCCAGACAUGUAUGCAUCCACCUGGACUUCACCAUAGGACAGAACAAAAGACAGGCCAAGACUUUUUCAAUCCCAGACUGGAGCUCUGAGUCUUAACCACAGGGUGCAGGUGGAGGACCGCAGGAAUGUGGCAGAAGAACAACAAAUGUCCACUGCCAGUUAUCUGAUAAUAAAGUUCUUACCUGCUCAA